AUGUCCUGCCUCUCCUCCCGCCUCAGCGCCCCCUGCGGGGUCCGCGCCUUCAGCUGCAUCUCGGCCUGCGGGCCCCGGCCCGGCCGCUGCUGCAUCACCGCCGCCCCCUACCGCGGCGUCUCCUGCUACCGCGGCCUCACCGGGGGCUUCGGCAGCCACAGCGUAUGCGGGGGCUUCCGGGCUGGCUCCUGCGGACGCAGCUUCGGCUACCGCUCCGGCGGCGUGUGCGGACCCAGCCCCCCAUGCAUCACCACCGUGUCAGUCAACGAGAGCCUCCUCACGCCCCUCAACCUGGAGAUUGACCCCAACGCGCAGUGCGUGAAGCAGGAGGAGAAGGAGCAGAUCAAGUCCCUCAACAGCAGGUUCGCUGCCUUCAUUGACAAGGUGCGCUUCCUGGAGCAGCAGAACAAGCUGCUGGAGACAAAGCUGCAGUUCUUCCAGAACCGUGAGUGCUGUGAGAGCAAUCUGGAGCCCCUGUUUGAGGGCUACAUUACAACUCUGCGACGGGAGGCCGAGUGCGUGGAGGCCGACAGUGGGAGGCUGGCCUCAGAGCUCAACCACGUGCAGGAGGUGCUGGAGGGUUACAAGAAGAAGUAUGAAGAAGAGGUGGCACUAAGGGCCACUGCUGAGAAUGAGUUUGUGGCUUUGAAGAAGGAUGUGGACUGUGCCUACCUGCGCAAAUCAGACCUAGAGGCCAAUGUGGAGGCCCUGACCCAGGAGAUCAACUUCCUGAGGCGGUUGUAUGAGGAGGAGAUCCGCGUUCUCCAGUCGCACAUCUCAGACACCUCAGUGGUCGUCAAGAUGGACAACAGCCGGGACCUGAACAUGCACUGCAUCGUUGCUGAGAUCAAGGCUCAGUACGAUGACAUUGCCACCCGUAGCCGGGCUGAGGCCGAGUCCUGGUACCGCAGCAAGUGUGAGGAGAUGAAGGCCACGGUGAUCAGGCAUGGGGAGACCCUGCGCCGCACCAAGGAGGAGAUCAACGAGCUGAACCGCAUGAUCCAGAGGCUGACGGCCGAGGUGGAGAAUGCCAAGUGCCAGAACUCCAAGCUGGAGGCCGCGGUGGCCCAGUCUGAGCAGCAGGGUGAGGCGGCCCUCAGUGAUGCCCGCUGCAAGCUGGCCGAGCUGGAGGGCGCCCUGCAGAAGGCCAAGCAGGACAUGGCCUGCCUGAUCAGGGAGUACCAGGAGGUGAUGAACUCCAAGCUGGGCCUGGACAUUGAGAUUGCCACCUACAGGCGCCUGCUGGAGGGCGAGGAGCAGAGGUUGUGUGAGGGCGUUGGUGCUGUAAAUGUCUGUGUCAGCAGCUCCCGCGGCGGGGUCGUAUGCGGGGACCUGUGCGUGUCGGGCUCCCGGCCGGUGACGGGCAGCGUCUGCAGUGCCCCCUGCAGCGGGAACGUGGCGGUGAGCACCGGCCUGUGUGCGCCCUGCGGCCAGAGCUGCGGCAGCGGCCGCUCCUUGCGCUUCGCCUAAGCGCCCCACUUUGUACCGACGCCGCCUCACCAGCAGCAGCCCCAGCCCCCUGAGGCAGCCCGGAGCUCCCACGGUCCCCAGACGUGGGGAAGGAGGGCUUCGGGGCCCAACCUCCCUACCGGCCGCCACGCCGCGCCUUCCUGUCUCGCAUCCCCGCCCACUAGUCCCUUCACUGCUUCCGAGAGCACAGGGCUCCUAGCCCGGAGCUCUCCCAACCCCCGAGUCUAAAGGACUGUCCUCGCAGCCCUAGGCAAAGACCGAGUCCGGAGGCCUGGAUGCCUGUGGCUUCUGAAGGACAGAUGGGCCUGGAGCCCCUUGGUGUGGACUUGCUGUGCCUUCUAACCACUGCCUUCUAAUACACGUGCAGGAUAGGCCACCUCUCCUGCCUGGCUGCCUGGCUCCCUCCCUCUCC